CUCAUGCUUGGAGUUGCGGAUUCCUGCUGCCAUCUACUGGUAGAAAAACGGAGAUAGUUUUAGUUUUAUGUGGCUGUUUCUUUUCUUUUUUUGACCAAAUUUAAUCAAACUUUAAAUUUAUUACUGCCUAUGAAAUAUUAUCAGUGCUGUGUUCUAAAAAACUAAAUUAAACAACUCAUUAGUUUUGUUUUGACGGUGAAUUGGAUUCCUGUUUGGGUGAUAGGUCACAAAACAAGUCUGAGUACUAGUCAGGUGACAGCGACAAACCUCACUGGACUGACAGGCGGCUCGGCUAAUCAUAUUUCGUAUUUCAAUUCAGACAGCCAAUCAGAAUCGAGGGGAUGGGACGUAAGGGCGAUUUUUUUUCAAGAGAGAGGAAAUCCUUAGGAAAUGUGUGGGAUCACGCUCGGUGUUUCUAAAGAGCUUGGGCAUUAUUGACAAAGUAUUUUCACCGAAUGACGUUAGUUUGUGGAGCGUACCGAUCUUAGGAUACGAACACGGGUGCGGUGAUAGAAAAGUAAAGGGGGGGAAGAGGGGAAAGCGACCGUCGUUUAGGGUCAAAAUGUCGAUUCAGUACGAGGUGGAACAGCUGGCUGACAGCUACGGGGUUGCGGACUCGUUCCCCAAAGAUUUCGGUUACGGUGAAGAGGAGGCCGAUAUCGAGGACAGCCCGGCGCCGUCCGAUAGCAAACCAAGAAUCCUGCUCAUGGGUUUGAGGAGAAGUGGGAAAUCCUCCAUACAGAAGGUAAGGAAAGGGAGAUGGGAAAAGGGGACUAGCAUUCCGGGGCGAGCGGCGCCUUCCUCCUCCCUCUGCUCCACACAAGUCAACGGGACGUUAGCCAAAAUAGCUAGCGAGGGACUUUAGCAUGUUGUAAGUGAUGGUGGCUAUCAAAAAGAAGAGAACACCUCCAGCUUUUGCGGAUAAAUACAUCUAAUUUCUCUGACUAAUGCGCUGGGAAACGUAGGUGAAGCUGCAGCGGUUAACUAUUAACCAGGUGUGGACAGAGACGCGAGGUGCAUCUCUCUCUCUUCACAAUAUGUGGACACAAAGCAGCAUGUGACUGUUUGGUUAACAACUUGUCCAACAUGCCAAAUAUAUCUCAGUUCCACCCAGGGCAGGUCUGAUGCGAGGAACUCACAUGACAGUAAAACCGGCCACACCUUCACUGCUGUAAGUCACAACACAACAGAACAGAGAGUAAAAAUCAGUGCAGCAGCAGACAGUCAGUGCACCUGCAGAUAGGGAUGUUAUAACGAUAUGAACAUGUAACAUCGCGAUUAUUGUGACCGAAAUUAUCACGGUUAUCGAUAUUAUCGCGAUAUUGUUGAAAUAUUUUCAAAAUGUUUAAAAAGUACUUAUACACGCCCUGUAAUCAUUUAACAAUCAAAAUAACACACAGAAUGAACUUUUCCUUAACCUUAGAGGUCGUUGUUACACACAGGGGCCGACACGAAUAUAGAACGUGAAAUUACGAAAUUCUGGAGGUGAAUUUUGACAGGCCUGACUAUACACAUCAAGCCCGAUGCGAUUUUGCGACUUUCCGGGGGGGAAAGACGUAGCCUGGCUGGGCCAUUCUGUUGCGUGAAUCACUUGCCGUUCCUUCCCACAACAGUCUGGACUUCGGCCCAUUGGGAGCGUGUAUUCCCGAUCAGAAAAUAACCGGGCCAAUCAGAGACUGUGUUUCCACUGUUACCUGGACAAAAGGGAAAGGCAGCCCCUGAUUGGUCCAUGUGUAGAUGGUGACAUUUAACACAUGCUGCGGGACUUUUCAAAGCGCCGUUCAUUCAGAAUGCCGUUAAUUCUGCAGUUGACUUUGCAAAGUCGGCAGAAAUUGUUAAUAUCCGACUUUGCAAAGUCAUUUAAAAUACAUGUAGAUUCAUUACUUUUGAGUUAUUCCACCUUAAAUAUGAAAUAAAAACAACUGCUCUACUUGACUCUAAAAUUGAUCUGGAAUAUGCAUCAUGACAAAAGUCCUGAAAUUAGGUUUUUUUCGAGUUGUCCCUCUACAUACCAUGUCCUUCUUGACUUUUGCGUGAUCGUAUUCUUCAAGUCUACCUCUUUCCAAUCUGGCCCUGUAGUUAAAUAAUAGAUGAGAUGCAGUUGUGCCUUCUAUAAUAGUUUAUUAUUGAUGUUAAAAUUCAAGAGGGAAGUAGAAUCAGACUGUACAUAAUGUGACAAGAAAGGAGUCUAUCCUACAUAUUCUGCCUGCAGGGACAGAUGUAAAGAGUGUUAUUUGCUGUAUUGAGUCGAACUGUUUAGUACAUGUUUCAGUCAAAGAGUAAUGUUUCCCAUAAGCCUCCUGGAUGGCCUGAAAAAUGUCGCCUCACUUUUUCUCACAGUGCUUCAAGAGUAAAAAACUCCCAGGUCCUACAGUAUCACCUGCUGCUACAUCUCAAUUUCUACCUGUUGGUGUACAAAGUGGAUAAAGGAUCCUGAAAAACCUUGAACGACACUCAUUUUUCAGCUGCAGUCUUUCUGUUCACAGUUUAAAGUGUGCUGAAUGUAGAGCAACAAGAGUUAUAUCAGAGGAGUGAGUCUGCAGAGUUUUGCCCUUUUCCCUCCUUUUCUCCAUGUGAUGUCCGGAUGAUGCCUUCCUGCUUUAACAACACCCAAGAACACGAGUAGGGGUUAAUCUUCUUCUAAGAGAACAAUAUUGUAUUUUACAGGCAAACUAUAUAAGUUGAGUUAUGACAUAACUUAAUCCCUGUAACAAAGGAAGAAAUACUUAAAAAUAACUUUUAAAGAAGCGGGUCCAUGAUUGAAAAAUAUGAAACUGAAUAUAAAGUUUCUUUUCCACUAUAGUUUUACAAAAACUUGAGAUGAAAAAAUAAAUUAGUAAAAACUGUAUCAAGUUCCUGUGAAUUAAACUUACUGUGAAGCUCGUUUGAAGCUCGUUGGACAAUCAGCAACUCUUAUUAUUUGCUCAUUGGUAGUUUAGCCCAGUUUAAACUUUUUAGCAGAUAAACAAACUGCUACUGAAUUCCAGAAGAAUUCGUGUAUCUAUCAAGGUUUCCAUCUAUCUGGUGUUUGCUGGUAUUGAGGAUUGAGGCCUAAACAUGAACCCCUCUUCUCAUUUCAGGUGGUGUUCCACAAAAUGUCCCCCAAUGAGACCCUGUUCUUAGAGAGCACCAACAAGAUCUACAAAGACGACAUCUCCAGCAGCUCCUUUGUCAACUUCCAGAUCUGGGAUUUCCCAGGUCAGGUUGACUUCUUCGACCCCACCUUUGACUAUGAGAUGAUCUUCAGAGGAACUGGAGCUUUGAUAUUCGUCAUUGAUGCUCAGGUAAUAAAGAGAGACAGAUUUUACCCGCUGUGAACAUAAAAGCGGUCUCCUUUCGGGACAGAUUCUUCUUCAAAUAUUAAUAAUCUAACAUAUCUGGACACACUUUCUUGCAUAUUUUCCACUUCAUCAAACUGGAACUGCACACAUCAGAAAAACAAACUUCCUUAUGAUACAGAAAAUUGUAAUACAAAGAAGCGCAAGGAGAAUUUAACUGAGUGAUGAAGAGGCAUAGCAGCGGCGAUAAAGGACAAUUACACAGCGUGGCUUCAUGCCAGUUUUAUCCACAUGAUCUUAAGUGCUCUGAGGAAGUAAUCUCAGCGAUGAUGUUAUCCACAGUUGAUUCGAUCGCAGGGUUUAUUUGUACUUGAGGAGGUGCAUCAGAUUCAAUUAGUCUCGGCAGCUCGUCACGCAGGGAUUUCUGAGGAGACUCGAUUUUUGUCUUGCUGUUUUGGGAGACAAUAGCAGCACAUUUCCUCAUACCUUCUGUGUUCCUGUAAUGCUUCUGGACAGCGGGGCUUGAAUUUCCGGUUCAGUUUAAUGACAGCAGUGUUACAGAGUUCUUGUAGUGGAUCUCUUUUGUCCUUUCUUUUGGCAAAAAUGAAACUUAAAGGCGAGUACAAACAGGUAAUGGUCUGAUGUUAAAUAUUUAAUGAAGGGAAACUAAAUGGUUGCAAGGUGCUCUUAAAAAGGGAACUUUUAGAAAAGAUGUGUGUGUAAAAAUGAGCUGUUUUCUUCCCCUUAGGAUGAUUACGUGGAGGCCCUGGGCAGACUUCAUCUCACCGUGUCACGAGCCUACAGAGUCAACCCUGAGAUCAACUUCGAGGUGUUCAUACACAAAGUGGACGGUCUUUCAGACGACCACAAGAUCGAGACGCAGAGGGACAUCCAUCAGAGAGCCAACGACGACCUGGCGGACGCUAGCUUAGAAAAGCUGCAUCUCAGGUACAACUUACUAAAUAUUUGAUUAGUUUACUUAUGCUUUUGGACAAGGCUGAUUAAGAAGAAAUUUCCCUGUAAAUGUUUAUCAGGGCUUGACACUAACUUCUUUCAGUAUUAGGGCCUAACCGAUAUGGAUUUUUUGGGGUCGAUUCUGAUACCGAUUAUCGGGGGGGAAAAAAUCAGAUUACCGAUCAAUUGGCCAAUUUUUUAAAAAUGUUUAUGAAGUUAUAAAAAAUCUUUAGAUACUGCUGAUAUCUAUCUAUUUCUAAUUGACUUAUUGUGUACUUCACAAGCUGGUUUAUUUGCUGUUGAGGCGGACCACUCUCCUCCGUGCGUCCUGAGCUGCCUGCUUCAGAUCCCUCACUCUGCUGUGAGGUAGUUAGUGGAUGGAGAUUGUCAUGAGGUCGCUGCGCCAUCUACAGGAUAAGUUGGGGAACUUUUCAAAUGGUGGAACAUUUUCGAAGUGAAACCGAACCUUAUUCUCCACAUUUUAUUUCUGAAAAUAAAAUAAAUAAAUAAAAUUAAAAAAUCGAACACACAGCCGUAAUGCCUGCGAAAAGUUUUGGCCGAUUACUGAUUAGUCUCAAACGGGCUAAAAUUGGCUGAUUUAAUCGGCUUGUUGAUAAAUCGGUUGGGCCCUAAUAAGUAUAAUUAUUUGAAAUCAAUUUUAAGUCAACAGCCUUUUCUGAGAACAUCAACCGGUAAUUUAUUGACAGUCCCUUAUUCAACACCUGACAGCGAGGAUGCCGAGUAGAUCUAACCACGCUGCAGUUGCUAUUCCCGGUUAUGGAGAGUGAGAAGACACCGGUAGAUCCGCAGUUAACGUCCGUCGAAUAUCCAACCUAAAACUAACUUCACCGCGGUAUUUACACGAAAAAACAUUUGUUGCCUGAAACAGUCGCACUAUCGAGCCCUGUUUAUAGUCAUGUUUGAAAAAAGCAGGUAACAGUCAACCUGCCUUAUCCACUGACUGUUGUUAUGGUUACACUCACAUGAUGCAAAGUUUAACACAACAACACAGCACUCACAAAGCUGUACAACAGGAUUUAGAAACAGAUCAGCUUGUAGUAACUCUUACAGUAGAAUUCCGUGAACCCUGGUGUGGCUGAACGGCAGGGUAACUAACUUCAUUGUGCUCUGCUCACAGUGAAGUGACUGUUCUCCAGACUCAGACCUCUUACCUGGAGAUGUAUUUUUAGACAUCAAUUGAUUUCCUGUUAAGAACAACAACAUUUAAAACGGCGCAGCGGCAGAGAAGAAAACAGCCUGUAUCUCUCUGAAAGCAUAAUUAAAUGAUGUCCCAGAUGAUCCAUAACAAGCACUAGAAAGAGGAGAGUCAAGGCACUGGUUCUCCAAAAUCACCACAAUUAAAUCCACUAUGUUCUGUCUAUAAACUCACGCUCAUGUCAGCCAUGUGUGGGCACAUAGUGAGCAGUAUAUUUAUAAAAGAUCCUCUGCGUCAGUGUGUGUCUAUUAUAGUAAAUUUUUAUGUAUGAUUACUAAAGUAAAGCAGAAGUUCCUGGUACUAUUAAGAAAAAGAAGUUACCAUAGGAACAAGGAAGUAAUGAAAUUAUUUGUAACUGUCGUAGACAAAUAAAGCCCACAGUUCAGUCUUUUCAGUAUUUUUCUCAUAGUUACUUCUAUUAAAGCUCGUUGUGGUUGGCACUGCGUCAUCAGAGUAAAGUGUUAACAUGUCAGCACAGAGUCCAGCCGCCGGUCAUGCCUCUCGCUGCGUCAUGUUUGUGUUAUGUUUGCUGCACAUGACCUGUGAUUGUGUCCUCUAGUGGGGAUUUGUCAGCGUCGUGCUUACAUGACAUGAAACCUCGAUGUGCAGUCGAGUCGUCGUGUCAGAUGUAGAUGUUAAAGUGUGCGCAUCAGCUGAAAUACUAGACUCAUGAUAGUCGGAGAAAAUCAAUAAGCAAGAGUCAGCCACUGUUGGUUGUGUGUGAAUUUUUGCUCGGCUUUGUGAGUCUGUGAUGUACAGAAGUCCCGUGUCUCUCCACUGUGAGAUUCCUCUUAGACGUCCUAAUGAAGAAACGACUUGAGCGCUUUAGAUACCAGAGCUGUUCUGAGCUCAUCCUCUAAAGGUGGAGGGAUGGUUAAGAAAGACGACAGAAGCGUGUGUGUUUUCUUCCUCCUCAUCUUACUCACAGUAUAAAGUUGUGUGAAAAUAUGUAGACAUAAGCAGAUUUACAGCAGCAUGUAAGCUGAGAUGAGCACAAGUGAUUAGUCUAUCAAUAAAUCAGUCGACACAAAUUGUAUUUUUGGUGGUAUUAAGAACUGAUUUCAAAUUUAAAUUUUCCAAAAUAUUUUUUUUUACUAUUAUAGCAUAAAAGUGUGUUUUUUUGUGUCUGAUUUUCCCAUUUUAUAAUACAAGUGGAAUAAUUUGACAUGUUUUUUUGCAACUUAAGUAAAAGUAAAGGGAUAUGCAUUUUGUACUGUGGCCUCUGAAGGUCCACUGUACAAAUUAUUAAGAGCGCGAGAAAAGUAUAUUUCAUAAAACUCAAAAACAUUUUGCAAAAUCUAAAAAUGUGUCACGUGAACACGAAAUGUGUAAGUAGAUAGUAAAAACAAAAAUAUUUUUGGAAAAAAAAUGUUAAAAAAGAUUCUAAAAAGUGUUGAAUACAGCUUAACUUUUAAAAAAAAUAGAUUUUGGAACACAAAUGUUGAAAAGACUUUAAAAUGUUGAAAUGCAGAUAAACUUUGAAAACAAAAAUAUUUUGGAAAACACAAAAAUGUUAAAAAAGACUUAUAAGGUUGAAAUGUAGCUAAACUUUGAAAACAAAAAUAUUCUGGGAACCUAAAUACAUUUUUAAAACAAACAAACAAACAAAAAUACUCCAAAAACAUAAAUAUUUUUAAUAAAUAGAUAAAAUAAAUGCCUUUCAAAAAUAUUUGUACCAUUGUCCUUAAUCUCCUUAAAAUUCUUUAUCAAAAGACUUAGUAAGUCUGUCAUUUUUUCUCUAAUAUUCAAUGUCCUAAAGUGGUUAAAGAUGUUGGUUUGUGUUCAAAAACCAAAGUAAUACUCUGAAUUUUAUCAAACACAUCAUGGCUUCUGUAAUAAAGGAGUAAAGAAAGCAGAAAUAUUCAUAUUUGAGAAUCUUGAAUUCAGACCUAUUUCAUUUAAAUUAAUAAAUCAACCUGUAAAAUUAUAAAUAUGUGACAGUUAGUUCUCUAGUUGAUAGAAAAUAUUCAUUAACUAUAAUUUUCGUCUCUAAAAACAGCUGCAGAAGUAAAAUAGAGCUUUCCUAUUUACAUUUCAGGGGAUAUAAUAGAUAAAAACAUGUAUCGGCAAUCCUUAGAAAAUGAAAAUAAAGACCAGUGUCUCAUAAAUUAAUUGUAAAUGGUCAUUGGGUUCAGGUCUAUUAUGCAGGAAUAAUAAAUAUGAUAUAUAAAAUAUUAAGCAGGCUGUCCCUGCUGACCCCUGUCGGCUCCACGGCAGCUUUACUGCUGAUGUUUCGGCUUUGUUGGCUCACACGCCUCUGUGUUUCAUGUGAGGUGAGAUUGCUGUUUAUUCCUGUCAGACAGACACCGUGCUCCUUGAUAUUUAGUAGCAGAGAGAAGGCUCUUUUUUUCCUCUCCCUGCCUUAUGGCUCUCUGAUGCUGCCUUCACUGUUAUUCAUUGUAAAGUUGAGCUCCUGCCAAGUGUUUGUAGACAGUUUUAUUUCACCCGGCCCACAAGCUUCCUCAGGGACUAACCUUUUAUUUAUGCACCCCUGUGACCAGAACCUAUAAGUCAUUUGUUUGGAGUUUUACCCCAGCCAUGUGCAGAAAACUAUCUAACUGAUAUUUUCUUUCUUUUCUGUGUUUUUAUAUCUGAAACUUUAAUAACUUCUGAUAAUCAGCUCUUUUCUUCCAUUCAGCGUCGUCUUGUCGUGUGAUCUUGUGACUUUCUGUAUUUUUACCUGCUUUCAUGUGUAUUUUGAGGAAGUGUGAAGCGUUUCCUUUAAGUUACUGCUUACCCACUUCCUUUUUUUUGUACAUAUUUUUUCUCUCUAUCUCAUUCAGCUUUUACUUGACAAGUAUUUAUGACCACUCCAUCUUCGAGGCCUUCAGCAAAGUGGUGCAGAAGCUCAUCCCUCAGCUCCCCACUCUGGAGAAUCUCCUCAACAUCUUCAUUUCUGUAAGUACAAGAGCAGCCCACAACACUGUGUGAAUGAAUGAGCUGUAAGUUUGCCUGUGACCAGCAUGAUUUAUGUGUGACAAACCGUGUGAUGUGAGUCAUUGCCAGCCCUGAUGCCACUUUAUGGUCAGCAGUUCCUCCAAUCGCACUAAAGUCCUUGAUUUCACAGGAUGUUGCACAGGAGUUUUACCUCAAACACGCCCCCUGGUAGUACUUUUUGAGUGAUGCUGCUACAGACAACCUAUAAACACAUGUUGCAAAUCACAGUUUUUUUAUAUUUGGGAAUAAGUUCAUGUAAACUAUUUCCUGCUAUGCAUUUCAGAGAGUAAAACGUGGGUUCAACAUGCAGGGCUCAGGUUUUUUUUUCUAAAUCAUGUCAAAAAAAAAAAAAAACCUAGUUAGUUAGAUCUGAAUACGACCGGUAGGGGACAGAAUUACGCUGGAUAGUGUACAUCCUGCCAGAGAAGAAGAAGAAGCGGAAGAAGAAGAAGAAAAAGUAGCAUCAGCAAGCGGCGAACUGCAAAUUUUAAAGGAUGGAUGUCAGGUACAUCAAUCCAGGAGAAGAAAUGAUGAUAUUGGAAGCUGAGCUUGGGCGGAAGAGGCUGGAAAAGAUGGAAAGCCUCACGGUAGUUGGUGCCGAAAACUGAAAGAGCCAGGUGCUUGUUUUUGUGUGUCGUGCGCUGGAAAGCUUAUAAAUGGCAGCAGUGGGAAAAAGUUUGGUAAAAAUGGAAAGAUAUCCACAGAUUCGGACUUCCAGGAUCAAGCUGCAAGAAUCAAAAACCGAUUUGUUUUACAAAAACAAGCUGUUCAGCAAGCUGGAUGAAUAAUACUGAUCUCCAUGCUCAGCUGGUAGACGGGCAAGUGCGCAGGGAUCGUCUGCAAAUUACAAUACAAGAGCAAGACGCUGCAAACAAAAAUCAAUAGCUCCACUGUUUUACAGUAGAGACCCCAAAAUCACCACACACACCAAGGGACUCUUCAUACUACAACAGCUGUUUUAGGAAAAUGUGUCUUUUUAUAAUUUUGGUGAAUUUUUAUUGGUAUGAAUCAUUAAUAUCUUCCAAUAUUAAUCAAUAUCUCCAAUGUCAUAUAGUGUUACCCCCCGCAUAAAAAAAAAUUCAGGCACAGGAUUUUUUUCAGCUUCAAGUCCUGAACAUGUCAGACGGUUAUUAAAAGUUGAAAGUGCUUUGACAAAUGAUGCCCUUUCAAUACGUCGGCUUUUCUUCAAGAAAAUGAGAUUUCACUGUUGUCUGACAUUUAAUAGACCGAACAAUUAGUGAAGAGAAUCUGUUACACUAAUUAUUAACAGAAGAAAACACAAGUUGUUGCCUGAGGGGAAUUUCUGACAGUCGCCAAAUUAGUAUCAUCACAGCGUUUGUCAUUGUAUCGCCCACUCACGCUGUCUAAAUAUCAAAAUUCUUGUUUAGUACUUUACUACACUGAGAUUUCCUAACUUUCCUCCUCUUUUCCUCUCUUGUCAUUUUUCAUCUCAUCCUUGUGUCUGAUAGAAUUCAGGGAUCGAGAAGGCCUUUCUGUUUGACGUGGUCAGUAAGAUCUACAUCGCCACUGACAGCUCUCCUGUAGACAUGCAGAGCUAUGAGCUGUGCUGUGAUAUGAUUGAUGUGGUCAUUGACGUCUCCUGUAUCUAUGGGUGAGUGGAUUCAUCUUUUUUAUUUUUUUAAAGCUUUUCUCGACUUUUUUAUUUCAAUAUUUAUGUGAAACUAAAACACUUUCAUGGGAUAGAUUUAGAGUUAACUGUCACAUAAAGUAACAAUUCCCCCUUAAACUUUCUGUAAUAGAGUUCGCCCAUGUGUUGUCCAAGGAGGCUUUCACUGAAGCGUAACCUAAUUAAACAUUUCUUUGCUUAAUUAAUCCACUUCCUCAUGCUGCAUUUCUUCACAUUUCGCUGUGCCACACCAGUCUGAGGGAGGACGGCAGCGGCAGUGCUUACGACAAGGAGUCCAUGGCCAUCAUCAAGCUCAACAACACCACUGUGCUGUACCUGAAAGAGGUCACAAAGUUCCUGGCCCUUGUCUGCAUCCUGCGGGAGGAGAGCUUUGAGCGCAAAGGUAAACUGUCAGGGAGGUCUGAGGUCCCCCGCAGCUCAUUUGGCUUAAAUUGGCUAAAGGUGAGGUGGCCUUAAGUCAGGUGUUUUUUUUUUUUUUUGCCAAGGGUGAUUGAAGUAAAAACAAGAGUGUCUGUUAUUAAAGGGGAACUCCAGCGAUUUCACAAAGUUGCAAAAACACUUAGUGAAAAAGAAGAGGUGCAGAUACAGAAGCACCCUGAACCUGAAGAGCAGGUUUAAGAAACACAGAAUCCUACACUUUUACACAGUUUGUUCAACGUUCCUUUUUCUGGUAAAAUCAAAAGUCUGUCUGACUCAGUCAUCCAGUCUUGAACGCAGGCUUUCUCACGGAAAUCUCGACCCCAAACUGCGAGAACCCUGAAGACUCUGACACUGUUACUGUUACUGACACUGACACGUCUUCAGACUGCAGAAAUCCAUCUGUAAAGCUCAGAAGUGACACAUUUGUUUUUCAAACCUGAGUAGCUUUCCUGAUAACUACUCUGACGAAAUGUCUCUUUAAAGCUCCUGUAAGGAAUAUUUAACUGGUUAUAAAACAGACUGAAAUUAACAGUGAUUCCUCUGCUUCACCUCUUAGAGCAAACUUGAUGAUUCACAUAAACACUAAAAAUGUUUAUAGUGUCAUUUUUAAUGUCUGUAUCUCCUGCGAGGGGGUAGACUACACAAAAUGAUUCAACCCCAUUUUGUUUUCCACAGCGGAUAUGCACCAAGAGUGAUGUAGUUGACUGUUUAAAGAAAGUCAGAUGAGGUCUUUUUGUUAGAGGAUGAGCUGCUGAGAUAUGAAUUAAAAAAACAAAACCUAAAAAAUUCCUCACAGUGGCUUUAAUCUCUCAAAUUUAACACGAUAAACCCACGACUCGGCAUAUUCAAAUAAUCUGUAGAGUUAUACUUCAAAUUUUGAGACUGUGUCCUGUCAUGUAUCAUGGAAUCUAAUCUUGUAGAUCCAUAAUUUUAGUUGUUUUCAUAUGUAGUGCUGAUCAGAUGUGGGUCUGAUAUAUCAGUAUUAACACUCUUAUCUAAAUGAAUCUAGCAUUAGGAUCAUUUGUAGAUCUUAGAGGAGCUCCUCACAUCCUGAUACUUUUAAUCUGAUUCUGUGAAAUCUUUCUCAUCCUCUGCACAGAGGUUGUGAUCAUUGCUGGGUGAGGGUUAGGGCCAAUGCUGCAACAAAACCCGAAUGAAUAAUUUAGAUUCCUAAUUGUCUUGAUGGUGCUCUCUCUCUCUCUCUCAAACUCGUGUCGUCCUCAUAGUUUCUGUCCGACUCUGAAUCCAAACGCAUGAAUAUGUCAAAUUCAAAUCUUUUUAUAUCUUGUCUCUGUAGGAUUGAUAGACUACAACUUCCACUGUUUCCGGAAGGCCAUCCAUGAAGUAUUUGAGGUUGGCGUUUCCACCCAGCGUCCAGCGGGCUCUCAGGCGGUUGGCUCGCCCUGCAACAAGGCCGUCGCACUGAACGGCACACCGCGCAACACUGUCUAGACACUGAUGCAAAUGAAAACGAAAAAAAGACUCAAAAAGAGACGAGAGAUGGAGAGAAGGGCCAGGGAGCCUGUAGAAGAGAGACUACUAAACUGGAGCUCACUGGCACGCCAAAACAAACAAUAUCCCCCCGCUCCCAGCACUCAGAGGACUGAGGGACGCCACCGGAGCACGGCGGGGAUGGAAGGGAAAUUCAAGCAUUCGUUUCAGGAAAAUGCAAAGCACUGUGUCGGCUGCGACGAGGAAGUCUAAAGAGUAAAACUGCACCUGGACUCCAGGAGUUUGGAUUUCCUAUUGCAGUCAAAGUCUGUGAUGAUUCGCUGCUACUGGUCCCUCUGAAUGAACAAUGUGAGGAGGAGAAGAAAAAAAAAACAAAAACACACACCUGUGUCGUGACCUCUCUUCAUGGACAAACUGUGAUGUCAGUUUUCAGGAAUCUGUCUAGUGAUAAACCCACCCCCCCCGACCCCUCUCCGACCACUUCUGUGCUGAUUUCAAGAUGGCGGACAUAAACUGCUAGUCGUAAACCCACACAUGAUCAGAGAUGGCCUUAUGUAGAUGAAGCUUGUCUGCAACGUGCAAGCUUUCUCUCACCACCACUCACCUCACCCUACCUGAAUGCUGCCCGAAACUCUCUUUUUGGUUUCACUUGUGAAGGGAAAAACGGACUCAAAAGGGAUCGUGUCGUCCAUCUUUUCUUGUUUUGUGUGUGUGUGUGUGUGCUUGUGUGAAUGCCGGUAUACAUGUUUAUGUAUGGUUUUGUAUGAGUUGGCCUGUUCGGUUCUUUUCAGUUCAGAGCUUUAUUGUCCCUACAGGGGAAAUCUGAUCAGCAGUUGGCGGUACAUAACAGGUAAAAAAACACACACAGAGUUUAUUUCAGUGUGUUUAAAUGAAAAGUUUCGAUUGGGCUCUGUGUGUCUGUUCUGGUUUACAGAAAGGUUCUCAAUUCAAAGCAGCUUAGCAGCAUUAAACUCUUCUUAAUCGGUGAAAUUUACAUGUCUGUGUGUGCUCCAAUGAAAAUCAAACACAUGAUUGGCUUUCCAGCAGGAUGUGUAGAUACAUUCGGCGAUGUUUUUUUUUUUUUUGCAUAAGCACUGCCAGAAUAAUGACGUGAUUCAGAGACAGUGAAAUGAUGACACUUAAUGAAGAAAUGUAUCAGGUCUGGCUGAGAGGCAGGACUGAGGAAAAAAGUUGAAUAAUGAUGAUGUGACCUGGGUACAACCUGCAUGUUUCCCCACAUACAGUUUCAGACCUGCCCAGAUAAUUACGAACCAACGUGUUUGCACUUAGUUUGGCUCUUUUCAGCAAGUUUCACAACAAAAAAUGUACCCAUUCCAAGCAUGCAUACAUCGAUGUGUCGUCAGCUUGUAUUGUUCUCAGUCAUAACACUGCUCAGUUGAUUCGAAGAGAGUAAAUGAAACUAACCGAGAAAAUUGAACGGAUGGAGGAAAUGAAGACCAAACUCCAUGACUUUUUUCCAAUUACAGUGACACUUGAGAUAAACAUGUCGGCAUUUUCUGUUAAAACAAAGAACAAAAAGUGGAAAUCUUUCUGUGUGUGAAGACUUGAGAGCCUGACUCCUGGAGCAUCUUUACAUGUUCUCUCGAUCCCUUUUGCUGGGUCUAAUUCAGUCCAGACUCUUCGAUGUUCUCACUCAGCGUUGUUGCUCAGUAAGCUUUUUAAAUUUGCUUCAUGAUUCAGGCCCCAAGAUCUUCCAAGCCCAGUCUUUAUCAGUCACCUGAAAAUAAACACUUGCACAUCAGAACUGUGAUGGAUGAUUGAUUUGUGUAUUGUGAUGCUAUCUUAUGUAAAAUAAAUGAAAAUUUACAUUUA